AUGUUUGUUUUCUCAAAAGAUGUGUGAGGUGAUAAUGGCGUUGAAAGGAACAGUCGGUCGAGUGCUCCUGAAGUAAUACAACACUGUACAACAAUGUCGGACCAACACUCACGCGAUGUACCUAACAGUGGAUGUUGGUUUAUCCCCCAGAGUGUCAAGAGAGUAUGGAAGAGAUACAGUCCAGAUCAACAGUUCAGGGAAAACAUUUCCUAUACCAUCUGUGUAUAUCUGGCGUUUUUUAUCAUCGGAUGGAGGAAGGGUCAAUUCGGACCAUCUUACAUUGAUUUAAGGAUGAUCACCGACACUGAUCUGGAACAAGGCUCUUGGAUUAUUACGACUAUCUUCAUUGGUUAUACAUCCGGGUCAUUUGUUCAUGGAUUUCUGUACACUCGAGUAAACCGGAAGUUGAUGCUGAGUACAGCACUUUUUAUGAUGAGUGCAGCCAUUGCUAUUGUGCCAUGGUGUGUGAUGAUAGAGGUGAUGUUACCUACCUAUUUUGUUGUUGGACUCGUCCAAGGAGUCAUAGACACAGGAGGGAAUGCGGAAGUAGUAUCGGUAUGGAAACAAGAAGGUCGAUUGGGUGUUCUUGGAUUAAACUUUGUUUUUGCCUUCGGAAGUGUUCUUGCGCCACUUGUGAUAACAUCCUUCUUGGUGGAGAUUGAAGAUGAAAGCUUGAAAAAUACUACAGUGCUUUCACCUGUGCAACGGUUGCCAAAACAACCGAACAACACAUAUAUCAACGAAACAUGUGUCACCAAUACAACUUCGCUGAAUUUACAUGUUACUAAGCCAGAAUCAAACAUAUACAUACCAUUCUCUAUCCUCGCAGGACUUUCAGUGCUCGUGGCUUCAUUGUUUGUUUAUUCAUAUGUAAAAUAUGACAGGGGAAGUAUCACGGGAGAGGCAGCACAAAGUCCGCGGCCGCUACCAAAAUCCUCCAAAGCUGUGAUGCUAAGUAUCAUCGGCACAAUGUUCCUCAUCCAUAAUGCUGUUGACGACACAUUCGCGGGAUUGCUGUCGUCAUAUUGCGUGGAAUAUUUUCAUUGGACAAAAAAAGAUGGGGGGUUUAUUUCAACAAUAUUUUUUCUGUUUGUUCUUGGGGCGCGUUUUAUUUCAACCACCCUUGAAAAGUACAUGAAUACUUUAAUUUGUAUCGGUAUUAAUUUGACUUUGAUGUUAAUCUCUGUUCUAGGCCUUUUAUUGGUUUCGUUGUACACGUUAGAGACUGGUGUAUGGGUGUUUGUGUCACUGUUUGGCUACUCGACGUCUUGUGUAUUCGCCCUCAUGUUAAGCUGGACAAAUGAAUACAUCACCAUGGUGACAGGGAGGAUAUCGUCGUUCCUGUUCGUAAGUGCUAUGAUCGGGAGUGCACUUAAUCCAUUACUCCUCAGUUUCCUGAUGAAGAGAUUCGGACUGAUAUGGUUUUGUUAUCUAUUUCUGAUUGAACUAAUAAUACAAUUCAUAGUAUUCGUCGUAGGUCUAAUGGGUACGAAAUACAUUGUCAAGAACUUUGGCAAAACCUUCGAUACAAGUCAUAAUAAACAUUAAAAUAUCAACAUAUGUGCCUUAAUAAAUUAUUCGCAGAAAUAUACACAUAUAUUUAAUAAUUUUUAUGAAUACUUGUGCUAAUUUUUACCUCUCAGGCUUCUUUGUCAGGUGAAAGCAAAAUAUGAAAAUUCGAUUAAUUCAAACUAACCACGAAAU